UGGGCUCGCGCGCCGCGGACCGGCUUCGGUCACCUCAGCCGCCGCCUCAGCCUCGCCCCUCGCCCCUCGCCCCUCGCCCCUCGCCCCUCCCUCCGCGCCGCCCCGCGCGCCCCCAGCCCCUCAAGCCAGAUGAUGAACUUCCUGAGGCGCCGGCUGUCGGACAGCAGCUUCAUCGCCAACCUGCCCAAUGGCUACAUGACCGACCUGCAGCGGCCGGAGCCCCAGCAGCCCCCGCCACCCCCCGGCCCGGGCGCCGCUUCGGCUUCGGCGGUGCCCCCGGCCGCCUCGCCCGGCCCCGAGCGGAGGCCGCCGCCUGCCCAGGCGCCCGCACCGCAGCCCGCGCCGGCGCCGUCGGUGGGCAGCAGCUUCUUCAGCUCGCUGUCCCAAGCCGUGAAGCAGACGGCCGCCUCGGCCGGCCUGGUGGACGCGCCCGCGCCCGCGCCCGCCGCCAGGAAGGCCAAGGUGCUGCUGGUCGUGGACGAGCUGCACACCGACUGGGCCAAGUGCUUUCGCGGCAAAAAAGUCCUUGGAGAUUAUGACAUCAAGGUGGAACAGGCAGAGUUCUCAGAGCUCAACCUGGUGGCCCAUGCAGAUGGAACCUAUGCUGUGGAUAUGCAGGUGCUCCGAAACGGCACAAAGGUUGUCCGGUCCUUUCGGCCAGAUUUUGUACUCAUCCGGCAGCAUGCAUUUGGUAUGGCAGAAAAUGAGGACUUCCGCCACCUGGUCAUCGGCAUGCAGUAUGCAGGCCUCCCCAGCAUCAACUCACUAGAAUCCAUUUACAACUUCUGUGACAAGCCAUGGGUGUUUGCCCAGAUGGUGGCCAUCUACAAGACAUUGGGAGGAGAAAAGUUCCCACUCAUUGAGCAGACAUACUACCCAAACCACAAGGAGAUGCUGACACUGCCCACAUUCCCCGUGGUCGUGAAGAUUGGCCAUGCUCACUCUGGCAUGGGCAAGGUAAAAGUGGAAAACCACUACGACUUCCAGGAUAUUGCUAGUGUGGUGGCCCUCACUCAGACCUAUGCCACAGCAGAGCCCUUCAUCGAUGCCAAGUAUGACAUCCGAGUCCAGAAGAUCGGCAACAACUACAAGGCUUACAUGAGGACAUCCAUCUCAGGGAACUGGAAGACGAACACUGGCUCUGCAAUGCUGGAGCAGAUCGCCAUGUCAGACAGGUACAAGUUAUGGGUGGACACCUGCUCUGAAAUGUUUGGUGGCCUUGACAUCUGUGCUGUCAAAGCUGUACAUGGCAAAGAUGGAAAAGACUACAUUUUUGAGGUCAUGGACUGUAGCAUGCCACUGAUUGGGGAACACCAGGUGGAGGACAGACAACUCAUCAUGGAGCUAGUCAUCAGCAAGAUGAACCAGCUGUUGUCCAGGACACCUGUCCUGUCCCCUCAGAGACCUUUGACUACCCAGCAGCCACAGAGUGGAACACUUAAGGAUCCGGACUCGAGCAAGACCCCACCUCAGCGGCCACCCCCCCAAGGGGGUCCUGGGCAACCCCAAGGAAUGCAGCCCCCAGACAAGGUGCUGCCUCCACGACGGCUCCCCCCUGGACCAUCACUGCCACCUUCCUCUUCUUCCUCCUCUUCUUCCUCCUCCUCUUCCUCGGCUCCUCAGAGGCCGGUUGGCCCUACCGUCACCCAUGAAGAUGCACCCUCCAGCAGCAACUCCCUGGCAGAGGCCCAGCCGCCCCCGGCCGCGCCACCACAGAAGCCUCAGCCUCACCCACAGCUCAACAAGUCGCAGUCCCUGACAAAUGCCUUCAGCUUCUCUGAGUCCUCCUUCUUCCGGUCUUCAACCAAUGAGGAUGAAGCCAAAGCAGAGACCAUCCGGAGCUUGAGGAAGUCCUUUGCCAGCCUCUUUUCAGAUUAGCUCUUCAGACAUGGGGGCUCUUGGCCCAACCAGGAGAGGCAUCUAAGACACUCACCAACAACAGUCAGCCACUGUGGGUGGUGAUGGCCCAUGAGUCUUGAUGUGUGUGGCCCCUUCCUGUGCUCUGUUGUGCUCAGUGAUGUUGUGCAUCCCAGAAAAGACCAUAUGAUAGUCUCAGGGCAGGUGCCUACCUGGAGUGGAGCAUCUGACAUCAGAGAGGAAAGAGCUGCUUCCCUGUAGUCCUAAGAGUUUCCUUCUGAAGUCAUCAUUGCUGUGAGUUUAGUGGCCUUAUUGUAACAGUGCCAUCAUGUCUUACUCUUUCUUGCAAAUCCAGGAUCCCUUAAUUGAGGAUUCCUGGAAGUUUAACCCAGCUCAGAUACAGUGCUUGGCAUGCCCUUGUAGUCAGUGCAACCUGUGGGAAGUAUAACUUACCUAGAAGUGCUAUUGGCCCUAAGUUAAACUUAGAACCUCUUUCACCCCUAGAUCUUUUGUGGCACCUGUUUAAAGCACACUCCCCUCCCCCAACUCCUCGCUCCCUAGAUUGCUGUUGUGGUGAAUCACGGUGAGUCCACUGAUACUGGAGAAAAACAAGGAUCUGCAGUGUCUCCUUUCUCCUCUCUGAAGAGCCGUUCUCUUGUGUGAGCUACGGUGACCUUGAACUCCACAGCUGCACUAUAGAGGAGAAUGCAUGCCACUAUAACAGCAGUAUGCCAAGCUUUGUGUUCCUACCUAAUAAAUGUCAAGACCUUUGGUGUAAUAAAAGCAGCAAGAUUAACCAGCA